CUGCCAUUCUCACCGAUUUGAGGAGUAAAACACCGCAGACAAAGAUGCUCUAUAUCACACCAGAGAUGGCUUCGACUGACUUUCUUCAGUCUUUGGCUACGUCUUUGCUCAGACGUGGUUUAUUGGGAUACUUUGUCGUCGAUGAGGCACACUGUGUGUCUGAGUGGGGUCACGACUUCAGACCCGAUUAUCGUAAAUUGGGUGGUUUUCGUUGCAAACUCUCUGGUGUGCCGUGUGUGGCUUUGACUGCCACGGCAACCGUUCGAGUUCAAGAGGAUAUAACGAGGACAUUAAAAUUUGGCGAAGAUGCUAAAGUCUAUCGAGCAGGAACGUUUCGUAGCAAUCUCUUCUACAAAGUCAAGUAUGUUGUAGCCGAUUAAGAACGUUGGUUAAUUUUUUCUUUCUGACAUAUUGCUGACAGAGUUUUGUGAAGUGGUUGACUAGUUGUACAAUAUAGGCGUAGGAAUCAACUUACCACUGGGGGCACCAUAAUUGACUGGCUCGUAUGGGCAUGGACAGCAAAAAGGCAAAAACCUAGCAGGUUUAUUUGGCAUUGAUCAAGUUACUCCUAUCAUAUCUCUCUAGCUCUUUUACUUGGUAUCGCAGACUUCAGUUAUCUAAAACAUGACAGUACAGUACACAAUGGAUUCGAUGAAAUGCAUGGCAUCGUGUCAUACAAUGCAGGAGUGGCAAAGUGACUUGUAAGUUGGGGGGCAUGAAAGGACAUCUGAGUACAUGAAUUACGAGGGUAUUGUCUGCUUCACAGUCUCUAUACAUGGCUGUGAUCUGCUUACAAAAAUGGAGGUUGUGCUUAAAGUUAGGGGUGCCUGAGGCCCCUCGUUUCUCUGGCUCCUCCACCCCUGCAAUGCAACCAAAAUUCUUCCUUCUAUUGUAUUAUUCUAGAUUGCAGAUUGUAUUAUUCUAGGUUUG